AAUCUUCACAACAAUCCCAUGACUAUCAUCCCAGCUUACAGAUGAGGAAACUAAGAUACACAAAUAUUGAAGAGCUUGUCUCAGGUCACAGUGGGGCAGAUCUGGGUUUGGAGCCCAGGCAGUGUGACUCCUGAGCUGACAGUGUGACUCUCAGCCCUGUCUUUGGGCUGCCUUUCUGCUUGUUGUAUGGGGACUGAUGUCUCUUAGCUUUGGGAUUGAAAAGAAUUUGCUUAUUUGCUAACUCAGCAACUCAGGUGGAAUGGGAAUGAAAAGAAUUUGUUUCUUUGCCAACUCAGUGACUCAGGUGGAAUGGGCAGAAGGUGGAAUGUAGGUCACCACGGCAACCGGAUCAACGAGGUGCCCCAGCUGGCGAGUCCUUGGGGCUGAGGUUCUACUGCUGGCAAAGAGAAAGGUGUGGUUGGAUGGGGCAAUGCUUAAGGUACCAGAUGCACUGGGAGGACCUGGAAGAGUACCAGGCCCUGACCUUCCUGACCAGAAAUGAAAUUCUGUGUGCCUGUGAUGUGUCUGCCCCUGGAGGCCCUGAAGGUGGGAUGGUGAGCAGCCCUGCUCCCUGUUGUCAUGCAGACCCCUGUCCAGUUGGGAAGAACCUUCAUUCAACGUGGAGCAUCCACGACACCUUCCUGAAGCUCUGCCCUCCUGGGAAGUACUACAAGGAGGCGACGCUCACCAUGGACCAGGUCAGCUCCCUGCCGGCUCUGCGGGUCAACCCUUUCAGAGACCGUAUCUGCAGGGUGUUCUCCCACAAAGGUGUGUUCUCCUUUGAAGAUGUGCUGGGCAUGGCAUCUGUGUUCAGCGAGCAGGCCUGCCCAAGCCUGAAGAUUGAGUACGCCUUUCGCAUCUAUGAUUUUAAUGAGAAUGGCUUCAUUGAUGAGGAGGACCUGCAGAGGAUCAUCCUGCGGCUGCUGAACAGUGAUGACAUGUCUGAGGACCUGCUGAUGGACCUCACGAACCACGUCCUGAGUGAGUCAGAUCUGGACAAUGACAACAUGCUGUCCUUCUCAGAGUUUGAACAUGCGAUGGCCAAGUCUCCGGAUUUCAUGAACUCCUUUCGGAUUCACUUCUGGGGAUGCUGAUGUAGCUGCAAAUACCUGACGUGGCAGCCUCGAGGGAGACCACUGGCAUCGAACCCCCUCCAGCAGUGGAGGGAGCUGGUCUGAAGUAUGACUUUGUCCUGGGCCCACCCUCCCCUCUAGAAUAUUGUUUAUUAGAUAAAAGAAAAGAAAAACCUGUU